AUGGCUGUGAUGGGGGCUGUGGGAGAUUUGGAGGAAGGGAUAGAAAUCAGUGCUUGUACUUCUGUGCAACAGAUGGCGGCUGUGAAUGCCUAUAUUAACAUUAAUGGUGAACGGCAAGAAGAACUGGGACAGCUGACCCUAACAGCUCUUAAUGAAAGUUUGAGUUUCUUGGCUCAUGGAUGUGGGGAUUCACUUCUUAAGGCUGAGUAUAAACUUAAUGAAUUUGGGAGCCUUCUAAAAGCCAAACUAGUGGAAAAGAUGACAAAGUUUGAUGGAUAUAUGUGGAGACUCAGAAGAUCAAAGCAGCAAGUUGAGUUCCUGUCUGAAGCGGCGGGCUGGCCUUGGAAAGCCUUGCAAGAAGCAGCAGGAUUCCUCCACAGUGUGGGCAGCGCUGUCACCCGGGUGUGGAAGCAGAGUGGAAUCAGGGAGACACUGGGAAGCAAACUCCCAGUUUACCUGGAUAAAAUUCAAGACAUUGUCCAUCAAAUGCAGAAUGAAUUGCAAAAUCCAUUAGCAACUUUGAAGGAUGCCUACUACGAUGUAACACUGAAGCCACUGGAUGAGGUUUGGCAGGAGAAAACAGCAGAGUACGUGAAGAAACUCCAGGCUUUUGUGCCCCAGAUUGUGAAACAUGUUUGGCUGAUGGAACCGAUCCAGGUGGCAAUACGGGUUGUGAAAACAGGCCUGGAUAUGGCCACGCAUCCGAUGCUGAGGUGGGCAGAGGCCACAUUUUCUAGAGGCUUAAGCAAGAUACGGAAGCCCUUAUUCAACCUUUACCAUUUUUCAGACAGGAACUGUUCAGUGGCAGUAAGACUGCCAGUACUUCCUAAAGCAGAGCACCUUCUGGGCCUGGCAAAUAUUACUAACUAUCUCAUUGAAGAAAAGCUAAUGAGACCUCUCAAAGACCUCUACAACAUCAACAUAGUUGCAGAGUACUAUAGAUUCAAACGGAGGGUGAUGGAGAGCCCCUUUGAACAUCAUGCUAUGUUAAUAGGGAACAAGCAUCUUGUGACUUUUGAUGGAAAAAUUUAUGAUUUGGCAUCAAAGUGCAGUGUGCUUCUUGCCAAGGAUUUUGUUCACAAUACCUUCACUGUAAUACUGAACCAGGAAAUUAAUGGCUCAAGAUCACUGUAUGUGGAGAUGAACCAGACUGUGAUUGAUAUCUACCCAAGACUGAAGGUAAGAGAAAAUGGCAGGAGCAAAAAUAUGGUGAAUAAGCUGGACCCAUAG